AUGCUCCGGGGGUCGCCGCCCCCUCCGCUCCGCGCCGCCCCCCGCACCGGCACGGCCGCAGCGGCCACCGGGGCCCCGCGGGCGGCGCCGCCCCCGGGCGGGCGGGGCGGGCGGCGGGGCGGGGCCGCCUGCGAGGCGGCUUUGGCGCGGAGCGGCGACAGCAGCCGUGACCUCCGACCCCGCCCGCCGCCGGCCAAUAAGAGCGCGGCUCGUCCCCGAACCCAAAAUUUCCACGUCGGCAAAAGUCAAGAUGGAGCGGCGGGCGCGCGGCGCGGGCGGGCGGGCGACACCGGCCGCCACCGCCGCCCGCGGGACGCGGCCGGACCGGACGGGGCCGCCGCCGCCGCGGGGACUGCGGGCGGCACCGGGCGGGCCGGACCUGUUGCGCUCGUCGGCGGGGAAGGGCUGGCGGGCGGGGGGGCGCCGCUCGGGUCGCUGCCCGUGGCGGGGGCUGCGGGGCCGCGGGGGGAUGCCCGGCGCCGCCCGGGGUCCCGCAGGGCCGCGGCGCCGGGGCUGUCAGCGGCGAGCCGCAGCUCAGCUGGCUGCAGCGGCAGCGCUCCGGGCAGCCGCUCGGCCGCGGCUUUCGCAGGGCGGCCCGUUAGCUCCGGGUUGGGGGAGGUGUGUGCGGGGGGGAUGCAUUUUGGGUAUUUAUUAAAAAAAAAAAAGAAAAAAAAAAUGUCUUCGCCUCCUUCUCCCUCUUCCUCGGGCAGCGGGUCUCCCGCCGAGCCGCGGAGGAGGAGGGGGCUCCCUUCCCCACCUCUAACCGUGUGCGCCUUCCCUUCCCAGGCAGGGAAACUUGUGCUGGCGGGCGGCCCCGGCGCCGGUACCGGCGGAGGACUGGAGCCUCCGGAAGCAAAGUUCUGUGACACUCCGACUCUGGGUACGAUAGCAGUCAGUGCACUACAGAACUUUGUCUCCGGCGGCGGCGGCGGCCCCGGAGCCUCAGGUGGACACGUCACUGCGGGGAUGGCGAGCCCGGGCGCUGCCGAGCGCCGAAACCUGCGCUGCAGCCUCGGAAUAAAGUCUGUGCUGUCGUGGCCUCCCGCCCUGAAGUUUUGUUGGGUGUCCUUUCUUUCUUUUCCAGGGUAAAAAUAGCGCAACAUCUGGGUACUGAGGGUUAUUUCAGUGCAGUCAGGCCGGCCUGGCUGCCGGCAUAAAUGUGAAACUAACUGGUGCUCGGUGCAGCUGAGCCGGUGGUGGUGGGUAUGUGAGCGUGCUCGAUGCUGUGCCUCGCUGUGCUUUCUUCUAAGUCUGUCACAGAAUCUGAGAGCUUAACUGGGAGCUUCAGCUUGGUAAAAGUCUCCAUGCUUCUAGCAGAAAUCUGUGCCACCAAGCCCUGCUGUGACACAAUGCAGUAAGUGUGCUAAUUCAGGGUUUAGGCCUUGCCUCUGGUACUGGGCUGUGUUUCUCUUUAGGAACCUCAGACUUCCAGCUGCAGUUGAGAAAUAGCUACAACUUCAAGCCUGUGCGUAUUCAAAGAUCACAAGGUUUGUUGUGAGUGAGUACUGCAAGGCUUCACCCUCACUGAUAGUGGGGGAAGGCUUUGGAAGGAAAAGUGACAGAUGUAUUUAUUAGUGCAGUUGCAAGGCUUUAUAAUGUAAACUUAUUUGACACCUGCACAGUACUUAACUUGGACAGUGGCUUUAAGGGCUGAGAAAAGAAGGGCCAAGCUCAACUUUCUGCAGUUCAAGUUGACACCUGGCAAGGAUACAGUAGCUGGCCUGCCUUUCUUCAGAAAGUUUGCAGAGUUUCUUUAUGUGUAAAGUAAGCUAUGGAGUUCUUGUGAGGUAGAUGUAAUCAGCUGGUCUGCUUUCAUCAUAAUGAGAGUAAUAUGAAAAAACACAUUGCUAGAGGCCAGAUGGAGUAAGGUGUGACUAUUUAGAUCAGUAUGUGCCAUAGAGUAUGUUAAUAAUGAAGUAUUUUACAGCAGCUGCAUUGUAUGGCAGAUAUGUUGCUUUUUAAAAAUAUAUAUAUAUAUAUAUAUAUAUAUAUAUAUACACACACAUAAAUAUGUGUGUAUGUGCAUCUAUGUUAGAGGUCUCAUAUUCUGUUAGCUUCUUCUAGCUAACCAUCCCCCUUGGGCUCACUAGAAACCUGAAUCAACCUUUCCUUUCUGCCAGUCUGAAUGUGGAAGGUACAGCAAGAUUAUACGGUUCAUGGAAUUGGGCUGGAAACUGAAAUGCUGUACUAAGUACAUGCUUUUUAGCUCAAAACGUUUAAUCAAAGGGUAGGUAAAGUGAGGAGCACUUACUGUAUGGCAGCCCAUGUGACCAGCCAGGGCUAUAUUUGGAUGCUGGAGGUUUAAGGAAUCCUUUUUGCUAACCAUUUUUGGCCAAUUGCCUGCUGCUUUAUGUUGUGCAGUGUGACGUCUGCUGAAAAGGACUUGGAGGUCUGGUGCCUGCAAGCUGUUUAAUCAGUGCGGUUAUAGGGAAACACCUUGUACUGUCAGGGCUGAAGUCCCACUGUAUUUAAUUUAGGGGUGGUUCCUGCCUAGCAGGAUGUGUAAUGCAAAUUGCAGUUUCCAAUUUUUGUACUAAAUAGCCUUUUGGAGUGUCGGGGGGAGGCGGGGGGGGUUGGUAGUGGCCCAGUAGAUUUUAUAAAGGCUUCUUAGAUACUCAGGUUUGGUGGUUAAAACUCCAUAUACUGGAAACCCACAGACUGGAGCAUAGGCUUACUCUUUUGGGGUAAGUGUAACGUGUUUGAAUCUCAGCUUAUUGCAGUAUAAAUCCAACCCAGAAGGGGGUGGGGCAGGGCAGGCUCCUGAAACCUCUUGUACUGGACUGGGUGGGAUGGCAGAUAGCAAAGCUGCAGUGGGAAUGAAGAAUUGUUGGCCUUCUCUUUAAAACAGUACAGCUGAAGCAAAUUUUUUGCCCACUUUGCUUCCGUGGUGGUCAAGCUGACCAGUUCUGAAGGUAAGUGAGUAUUUCUUGGCCUCUUGGUAGCCCUCACUUGUCCUUGCCACAUGUCUGCAGCAUGUUGUACCUCCUGUCCUACAAGUAAUACUUGAAUAGUGACCUUUUGGUGACACUUCUGCUUUGAUACAGGAAAUCAUGUGGCCUUCAGAUGGGACUAGAAGAGAGCUUAGCGCUUCUGAUUUUGUGCUUUAUUCUUGCACUGAAAUGUAUGUGAUCUGACAGUACCCUGGCAUUUGAACUUUCUCACUUCUUUGCAGUGUAAGGCUUUAGAGGCAAGCUUGAGGUGUGUAGCAAUGCUUGGGGCCUUGAAUGGGAGAUGAAGCUUUGACUAACCUAUUAACAGUAGUGUUUGAUGAAGAUGAUGCAGGAAAUGGAAACAGAAAAAUAACUGGUGAUGCUAUUUAAUACAGAGUCUGAAUGCCAUUCUGUGUAAAUGGAUUCAUACAUGUUAUUUUCCAAUGACUGCUUGGCAUUGUCUGCUUCUCUUCCAGUGCAUCACUGGAGACGUACUCUGAACUGCUGCAUUAUUUUUUAGUGCUUUUUGACACUUCAGAGUGUCUAUUCCAAUUACAGUUCUCCCCUCAUUGCAAGAGUGGCAAAUGAGCAUGCUGAGUAAAUUACACAAAUUUCCAAAAUAGUACAAGUCUGUUAUUUGAAGGGGCAGAGGCAAAGGAAAUGAUACCAGCCUAUUUAUUGUUCUGCAAAGUGGAGAACAGGAAAGGAGUUUGCUGUCAAGUGCUCUGAAGGUUGAAGCUGAAUGGAUCUGAGCAUGGCCCAGGCUCUCUGUAUGUAUUGAUUCAGCUGUAUGUACGUGCUUGAAAUCCGUACAGAGGUGCUAAAGUUUGAAUUCAGAAUUUCAAAAGAGACAUCUUGGAAUUUUAGAAUAUAAAAGGUGCUAUCUCAUGCCUUCUUUUCUCUUCCAGGUUGGGAUCUCCUUAAAUGCCAAGAUUUUGGCAUGUCUUGCACUGCUGGGAGUGAUGAUGAGCCAGUGUGCAAGUUGGGGUUAUUUUUUGUGAUGGGAGAAUAAUUAAGAGCAUAGGGAAUAUAGAUUAAAGGCAAGCUGCACAGCCUGUAGCUGGUUAGUCUCAGGAUGCCGCAGGACCUGAUGGAGCUGAGGAAUGUUCUUACUCGAGUAGCUUCCAGAGACUGGAUUUUGAGCUGAAGUUUUAGGCAAAAAUCUAACUUAUACCAAAAAAUGCUGUUAGUAGAGAUGAAAAGGACAAGCCUUUCAUGUGUAUUUUCCUGGAACUAAGUUGUUCUAUUAGAAACAGAAGUAGAUUUACUGACUUCUAGCAACUGUAUGAUAAACAAUUUAUAAAUAAACCAUCGAUUUCAAUGAAAUUCAAAUGAAGUAUUGGAAGUUAUGAGCUGACUACCAAAAACCCUGGUAUAUUUUAUAUUUUUAUUUAUUUGCUGAGGAAACUCCACGUAAAAUGAAGUGUCCUGAAAGCCCAGCUAGAGCAGCAGCUCCAGGAGUCGUGUUUAUUUUGUUUCUGGUGGUAGCAAUGGUCCUUUCCCAAAACCUUGGGACAGCAGGAUAGAAAUGUUUUGCAGGAUACCUGAGUUACCAACACAAGGCCAUGUGCAUCUGUCAGGUGCAGAAUGGGAAGCAGAGUUGCAGUAUUUGAGGUGAGUUAAUGGUGCUGUGAGGUCAAGGAUUUGCCUUGCAGCUGGAGCCAGAGAAGGUGAACCUGGUCCUGAUAGAAACAGGACAUUGAGCUAUAAAUAAGUGGAUUCUUAGAAGUGGAAACCGGAACUGCAGAGCAAUCCAAGGUGUAUUUUUAAUUUUAUUUUGUGAGGGAAGUAAAAGUUAAAAAGAUUUGGCAAAUUCCAUUAAAUAAGGCUAUUUUCUUACACUGUGUAACUGACAAAGCAGAAGUGAGCCAGGUGCCCAUUGUGCUGACUGUACUCUGCAAAUAAUCUUUAAUAUGACCAGGAUUUAUUUUUUGGAAUACUGGUACUAAUACUGAAGAUAACUUGGAGUGGUUGAACCUGUAUUUAAAAUAUUAGAGGUGAUGUGCUUAAACCUCAUCCUAAUUGGCUGCAGAGUGAGGGAGCUGAACCUUGGCUUCAUAUAGCCAACUCCAAGUUGCUGAAAUGAGCACACAAAAUCCUUGGCCUUGUGAAAAAACAGCAUAGGACUGUUGGUGAAUGAUUGCCACUUUAUUUUGAGUCCAGUUGGGCCGUGAGGCAAUACUGCCUAUUUGUGCAACAGCAGUUCUUACCCUGUCCGAUGGCUGUUACCUUUCAAGUUUUGGAAGCUACAUUCUUGCACCAAUACUUGAUCUGUUGCAGAGCUCUUAUGAAUGUUCUCCAGCUGUGGUCAAAGAAUGAGUUUAUCUUUUUAACAAAAAUAAGUCUCAAAGCUGAAUAUUGACCCACUUGGAUGGUAAAAUCCAGAAGCACUGGUUUUGGAAACAUCUCUAACAGUGUAGGAGACUCAAUGGCAGUAGCAUAUUUAAAUUGUGCAGGUAGAGCCAUUUAGGCAAACAGAAGCUGUUUAAUACUCUGCAUUUUGGCUGCUGGGUGACUUGGAGCUGUCUAAAUUCAUAAAGGCAAGUAAGUGCAAUUGCAGUGAGUGCUGUCACCUUUGCUGUACUGACUUCCAGCUCCCAAUAGGACAUCCCAAAAUUGUGACUAUCUGUAACAGUUCCUUCAUGUUCUGCUUCCUUGGAAGAGGCAGAGAAAGGAUGGUUGUAGUUUGUAAAAAUGUGCAUAGAUACAGCAAUCAGCUGUCAUCCUUUAAUGUCUUCUUUCACAAACUGAAACACAGGAGGCCUGUCUGAACAUCAGGAAGUACCUUCUCAUGGUGAUGGUGACCCAGCACUUUUACAGCUUAGCCAGGGAAGUUGCAAAGUCUCCAUACUUGAGGAUAUCCAAAAGCCAUGUGGCUACAGGUCUAGGCAACCUGUCUUGGUGGCCUUUCUUGAGUAUGGGGUUGGACCAGAUAACCUCUGGAGUUCCUUUCCAACCUGAACCAUUCUGUGGUUCUCUAAUUCUUUUGCUCACUUUAGAUGCAGGAAACUUUUACCUUUCCUUCUGUGUUCUCCCUGUUCUCAGAUUCUUCCUGUUACUUACUGUCACAUGAAUUAUCCUUUCAUUAAUAAAGCAGAGGGGGAGAAGGGUUACAGAAGAUCAAUAUUAAUCUGAAUAAAUGUAAUGUAAGGCACAUAGUGAUCACCUUUGACUCUAGUGUUACUUAGCUCAAGUGUUUAAAAAAAUGAAUCCCAUCAGAAGCAUAUUCUUGCUUUAACUUAUAUAAGUAGUAAAAGACAGUAUUAAAUUUGUGUUUAAUGAAGAGGGAUUCUCAUUUUCCUGGUGGCUCUUGUUCUAAAAGUGUGGUUUUGCUCUUAAGUCAUGGCUGGGCCUGAGGAAGCAACUGAAGCUCAGAGAUUUCUUUUGCAUAAGGCCUUCCCAGUGCAGUGGUGUUAACAGACUGACAAAAUAUUCCCAGUGUGAUAGCAGCUCUCAACCAAAUGGCACCAGUGCCAGUGAGACAUGCUCCCUGUCCCUUCACCCAGGAAAAGGAGCUGUGCUGAGCUGGGGAAGGUGUGGCAAACCACAAUUCCAUUCAGAGGGAAGGACCUUGCAGGGGCAGAAAUGUAGGUGAGGUGAGCACUUCUUGCAGUGGAAGAUGUUGGGUAGAUAUGAAGGCUUCAAAUAGUAAAGAAUAUCUGCUUGGCUGCCCUGACUGCUUUUCAAGGUUGCUCAUGUUUAGUCUUCAGGGAGUUGCAUCACUGUAACUCCCCCACAUACCAAUCAAGGCAAGAAGCUGAUAGUGUAGAGCAAGGCUUGGAGAAAAGGUGCAUUUCACACUAGUUGUGAAACUCUUGUAGUCCUUGCCUUGAAGAGCAAGUAUGCUGGGCAAUAUUUGCUUAGCUGCUGCUGUGUAACAUACUGCACUCUCCUAUAGGUAUGGCUUGAGGGAUCAGGAGGAGGAAGAUGUAAAUACACCUGGGAAGAGAAGAAGGGGAGGACAAGGUAGAGGGUAGUGGGUGGAAGAGGCUGUGGAAAUUGCCAAAGGAGCAAGAUUUAGGCUCUGCUGUGAAGUUUAAUGUCCAUGUGACCAUGACUUGUUAAGUACUUUUCUAGGUGUUAAACUGCUGGACUGUACACUGACCAAACUAAUUUGUGAGCCUUACGUACACUCACACUGUGUCAGAGGAGCUCGUGCCUUUUGAGAUAUUUUGACAAGUACCUGAAACAUAAUGUUCAUAAACUACUGUAAUUAUGUAAUAUGGGACUUAAAUUAGUGUUGUGCAUUAAUUUGAAAAUGAAAGUGGACUUCAAAUUCUGGAUUCUUAUGGCUUAUAUAAUAUAAAUUCAUUAGUUCAAAUAUUUAGCUAACCCAAUGAGGAUCUGCAGUACUCAUAAACAAUUGCUGGCAAACUGUAAUUAACUAUCUCUAGAGAGAGAAAGAGGACAGAAAGAGGAACUGUGCUUAACCAUUGCACAGUAAAAAAUCAGUACUAGGGGAGUCCUAAACAAGAAGGGAAGGCUCACAAGUCCUACACAGUAAAAGUUUCAGACAACAGCAUUGUAAGGAAAUAAAUGGAUGACAGCAGCUUUGAUUUCCAACCUCAUGUGUUCUCAGCCAGUCAAAUCCAAACCAGAACUGAAAAGCAAGGAAUAAUGCAUGGAGACAAAGCUCAGUGUUCAAGGAGAGAUCACUCCUGAAAGAGAAGAGAAAGCAGACCCAAGUCUACAGGGGAGGUGCUUCUAUCAUAAAAGGCUUUUUUAAAAAAUAUUUUUAAAUAAACUCUUCAACUUCUGCUCAGUUGUGGGCUUAUAUACUGGCUGGUUUGUUGAAAUAUUAAUCUUGUAGUUUCAUUAAAUACAACACAUUCCAUGUGGGUUUGAUUAAGAAGCAAGAAUAAAAAUACAAUGAAAAUCGCAUUCUGUCUUUAAAAUUCUCCAUUACUCAAAUUGUAUGUUCUUGGCUUAUUAUUAAACAUCCAGUUCUGGAUUGGUUCCCUUGUGUGAACCAUAUUGUUUAAAUUUUGGUGUUAAAUAUAAUCAUAAUUGGGAUGAAGCAAACAAAAUGGGAAGAUGUAAAGGCAAGUUUUAGUGGUUGGGUGUAAAUGAAGAAAGGGCAUGGACAGCAUAGCUGCCUAUGCUCACAGCAUUAAGUGUUGAGAUAUUUUCUUCAGCAUUAUAUGGACCACUUGCCAUGCACAGUAAGCAGCACCAAGGCUAGUGAAAGGGAAAGCUUGUAUUGCAGGUCCACAUCAAUCUUUCUCUCAGCUUUGAAAUAUUUGUGUUUAAAUUAUGCUAAAUUGGCAUCUUGUUUUAAGGGUAAUGUCAAAAUACUGAAUUUUGUAUAAUCACAUGUUCUCUCUGACAGAAAGGAGGCUGCAGCAAGGUGGGAGUCAAUCUCCUCUCCCAAGUGAUAAGUGAUAGGACAAAAGAAAAUGGCCUCAAGUUGGGCCAGGGGAAGUUUAGAUUUGAUAUUAGGAAAAAAUUAUUCACUGAAGGUGCUGUCAGGCAUUGGAACAGGCUGCCCAGGGAAGUGCUAGAGUUGCCAAUAUGUCCAGAUGUGGUGACUGGGGACAUGGUUUAGUGAUGGACUUGGCAGUGCUGGAUAAACAGUUGGACUUGAUGAUCUUAAAGGACUUUUCCAACUUAGAUUAUUCCAUUGUGCUCACUUCUGGUGUACAAAGGCAGAUAUGUUGGUGACAGUCACUGUUUCAGUGUACAAGACAGUAAGUAGAAGUACUGCUAGCUGUGUAAAACUUACAAGGAAAUAUUGUCAUUUCAUCACAUUCAAAGUUAUUGAAUGUGAAAAGAAACCUAACAAAAUACUUUGAACUACAAAUGGAUUUUACAGUCCCCAGACUGAAAUUAUUUGCCUGCACUAAGAAUAAAAAACAUUUGUGAGAGAACUUGCUGUUCGAUCAUGCUUUGCCAAAUUGAUGCUAUUUAUUCUGCUUCAUAAACUGUUAUUUUGGGGUGGAAAAAAGUUGAAUGAUAUAUGAUUAUCUAAAUAU